CCGAAUGUCAUUGUUUGACAUGUAGCAAAUAGCUGCUAACUUCACUUCAGACAUGGCACUUCCUGGUUCUUUUCGUCAUCGUUUCCAAGAGAAAAAGACUUGAGAUGGCCACCACAUCACCGCAUCUUAACUGGUUGAUUAUCCGCAACAACAACGCUUUCCUGUUGAAGAAGCGCGAUGUGAAGAAACCUUUCAGUACGGAGGCAAGCAAUUUAACCAAUGUAAGCUCAUUCCGCUACAGUGGAUUGGUUCACAAGAAAACCGUUGGUGUUGUACCCGCUGCCGACAAGAAGGGAUUUUCGGUUGUUCUAAAGAAGGGCAAGAACGCUCAGCGUCCCGCUAAGAGCACCGUUCGUGUUUCGUUUAAGGCCGGGCCCAGAAGGGCACUGAAAAAGUUGAAGAAUCUUUUGACAUUCAAUAUUUCCAACAAAUGA